UAAGAUGAUGAAUGAAUGAAUACUGAUGGAGUGUGGUCUUUUCCUGCCCUCACAGUGGUGCUGAUUGGAGACUCCGGCGUGGGGAAGAGUAACCUAUUAUCCCGUUUCACACGGAACGAAUUCAAUCUGGAGAGCAAAAGCACCAUUGGAGUGGAGUUUGCCACUAGAAGCAUCCAGGUGGAUGGGAAGACAAUAAAGGCCCAGAUCUGGGACACAGCAGGCCAGGAGCGCUAUCGUGCCAUCACCUCUGCCUAUUACCGUGGUGCUGUCGGGGCACUUCUGGUUUAUGACAUUGCCAAGCAUCUGACGUACGAGAACGUGGAGCGCUGGCUGAAGGAGCUCCGGGAUCACGCAGACAAUAAUAUUGUCAUUAUGCUAGUGGGGAACAAGAGCGAUCUGCGUCACCUGAGGGCCGUGCCGACGGAUGAAGCCCGUGCUUUUGCAGAAAAAAACAAUCUGUCGUUCAUUGAAACUUCAGCACUUGACUCAACAAAUGUAGAGGAAGCCUUCAAGAACAUCCUUACAGAGAUUUAUCGCAUUGUGUCCCAGAAGCAGAUUGCAGACCGGUCUGCCCAUGACGAGUCUCCUGGAAACAACGUGGUGGACAUCAGUGUGCCCCCCACCACCGACGGACAGAAAUCCAAUAAACUCCAGUGCUGCCAGAACCUGUGACAUCCCUCGGCUGCUGCCUGUCCUUUCCUUGGUCUGUCCUUCAGAUGGAGACGUGUGCGCACUUCCCUGGCAUCUCUCCUGUCCUUUGCUGACUCCUCUUCCCUCCCUUCCAUUUUAGAGCAUUAUCAAGAGGGCUAACAUUCCCUUGCCUGUGACUAGCUUUGAAUGUAGUGAUGGGGAAGGGGGCCGUUCGAAAUUCCGCCUUGAGCCAGGAAAUGUUUUCUUGUGUGUGUUUGUUCUGUUUACACGAAUGGGAAGGAUGUGGGCUGUUUGUUCCAACGGGAGAAAUCACUGUGCUUGAGGAACACACAGGGAGCGCUGUCCUCAGUUUCCAUUGAGGCUGUUUUGCAGGCACAAAAGAACUUUUAAAUCAAAGGAAACAACCACCCUUUUCUGGCUUCUCAGAGCCACUUUGGUAGUGGUCUUACGUCCUGUUGGUGUAUACAAACGCCUGCACACUCACACCUGAAAUUCAGUGAUGAGGACGUGGUUCUGUGGCUUGUCCACCUCCCUCUCUUUGGCCUUCUUUCCUGCUCUAACGCAAGUGGGUUUGGUCGCGUCGCUUUCCCUGGUUUCCCUCAGACCAGCCCACUUCUUUCUCUUGGUUCCCCCCCUUCAGUUUGGGACAGUGAAGUAUGUCUGUGCGCAGAGAUCUCGGCCUUCUCCCGAGCCGCCACCAAGACUGCGUGCGGGCCCUGGGAACUGGCUCCGAGAGGUCACUUUCUGGCAUCAUGCUGAUGAGUUUAGUACAUGAAGUGCCAGCUGAUGGCUUUCUGGGAGCUGCCCUGUGAUCCCUCUUCACCUGUGCACUGUAGGAAUGCUUCCUCAAGUAUCUCCAAGAUUCUGUCUUUGCAUGUUGCUUUCCUCCUCAGCCUUCCUCUGCCCUUCAAACCCCUUCGGAUUGAGUGUGAAGCAAUAUUUUUCAUGCCUUGUACAUAACUUGCACUGGUAAGGUUACUUGGAUGAAUAGUUGUAGAGAAUCAGAUACUUGAUAGCUCCUUUUUUGUAACGUUUGAGCAUCUUGGAAUUUGUAUUAUCCCCUUGCAGGUCAUUUGCUCUUUAUUUCUUACCUCCCUGAUAUGCAAGCGUUUGUAUUCGCCCUUUUGAACCCCACCCUUCCUGGCUUGUUUCUCUCUCAUCUUGCUCCCCUGAGGGUUUAAGGCUUCCCCCCCCUAAAUUCUUACCGUACUCGGUGCACUGGAAAUCUAACAUUGGCAGGGUUAAAAUACUAUGUAUCCAAAAUAAGAAUGUCUGCUGGGAAGCCAUCAUUUGCAAGAAAAGAUCUUGGUUCCAGUGAACUUCCUAUCUUCCACUAGUUCUUGUGCUGUUCAGUUUUUGAAGCAAGGAUGAAAAUAACUGGUGGGGUGUGGAUUUCCAAGUCGUCACAACAGUCUCUGGCUAGGAGGCAGUUAUUGCUGGGCAGCCAGCAGUGCUCUGUGUGUGUGUGUGUGUGGUAAGCAAAAUUUUGGUCUUGCCCCAUUCACCUGGGGCAUGUUCAUGUGAUCAGGACAGCUGCCACAGCUUCUGUUUUCCUGGUUGGCCAAAAAUUCUUCAGAAGAUAACACCUACAUUCCACUAAACUCUUGCCUAGAUUCUCAAACAGCACAUGUUUUUUCAGCCAGUUGACAAAAUAAAAAAUUCCCAUUUUGCUGUUGGAAUUUUUUAACCUCUGAUCUAUUGAGAAAGCCUGGGAAGGAAGGAAGCUGCUGGUGCCCUGCCAGCUAAUCUCUGGAACAGAGGUGGCCCUUUCCCUGGGAUUGGCAGUCUGCUUUUCAAGUGGGGUUGCUGAGUCAUAAUGCAUGUAAGAAAACAAGAUAAUUUAUUUUGGAGCCUGGCCAUUUGUCCCUCUUUGGAUGUUGAAUGAUGUUGCAGUCUGCCCAAGCCACAAAGACUUCGUAAUCGUGGCUUGGCGAAGCGGGGAGGGCAGUUUGUUCUGAGGACAGUUCUGGAGGCAAGCUCGCCGCUCAGGCCUUCAUGCUUAUCUCAGACAGUUUCUUGGAGCCCUUCCGUCUUCCGUGUGGAAGACCCUGCGUAAGUUGGCAGGAGGUGGUGCUGGUUGCUGUUGCCUCAGCACUUUUUUCCGUCAUAUCCGCAUGUUAUGAGGGAUUUGUUUCUUCCACUGAGCAAGGCAGUCCAGAGUGCAGAUUCAGCCAUUAUGUAGCUGGCAGAGGAAAUGUGACUCCCUAUACAGUACAUGAACAGCCACCCACUUUAAGAGAACUGGCACCUAGUCGGUUGGUUUGGGUCUCCCCUUCCAGGCUAGAGGUACUGUAGUAUUUGGAUAGAAAGUGGGAAAGGUACUUCAGAUUCAGCACGGAUGUAGUCCCUGCACCUGUCAGCCCCACCGCAUGGCUUCCUUAAAGGGCUGCUGAUGGGCACAGUUCGUGUAUCCACCCCAGACCUGAAGCCUCUUUUCCACUUGGAUCCAAAUGCCUAGACUUCCUAGCAGAUGAGAUAGUUUUUUACUUUCAAUUUUAUGGGAGAGAAGGUUUCACUGUGGGAUUAAAAGCUAUCCUGUUUCUUGGGCCCUGGGCUCCACCCUAAAUUGCAUCCAACUUGAGCUUUGGAAUAGUCACUGGAUCCUUCUUCCCACAGCAAGGAGUCAAUCUCAGGUGACUCCCCUCUGACUUCGGUUCUGGAGGCUUGGCUCAAGGGAGCUGAGAAGUAAUUCCAAGAAGACCCCAAACAGCCCCUAAGAGGACGAAGGGAGAGAAGAAGAUUGGAGAUGUCGGAAGAAGUCCUCACGGAAGACCUCAGGAGUCCUUCCAAGGAGGGCAAGUUACUAGUUCACACACUACAUGCUUGUGUUUUUAAAUAACAGUUCCAUGGUAAUAUCUCCCUGCUAUGGAUAGUAGUCUGGCUAAACUAAAUAGGAGAAACCUGGAAGCCCCCUAUUCUCCUUUGUGCUCCUUAGCCUUUGCCUGAGUGGGUUCUUCUCUGCUCCCCAUGCCUUAGACUUGCUAUUGCUAACUCUCUGUUGCCCCCUCUGCUGCUGGAACCCUUGGUGCUGAAGGCCCCAGGGCUGAGGCAGAGGAGAAAGAAACCCUGGGCGGCUUCUGCCCGGCCCCUGCUUUGGGAAAAACAGCUCCCUUUCCCUCUUGUGUCUAGAUGGUGUGCUCCCCUGGCCGUGUGGUGCUUGGUGAGCAAGGAGGGUUGCUAGAACGAUCUUUGGCACCCAGCAACAGGGAAAGUAAACCCCUUGAGGUCUCUCUGCCUCAAGAACCCAGACCUGAACGCGAGGUCUCUCUGAUAAAAGCAGCAGCAGCAGCAGCAGCAGCAGUCAUUAUGAGGGCCUUGAAGAGGGCCAUGCAGCAGUUCUGACUUGGGGAAUGACACAGGGGCUCCUCCUCCCAAAAUACUGGGGCUUGGAAUCAGCCCCAGGGUGCUGGUGAAACUCUGGAAAGGCUGUGAAACCUCUUCCCUUGCUUGGUUGAACACUCCUGGGGCCAGUAAAACCUCUGGAGGUCGUGGGGUGAUGGAGGAGUCAAGGUUUUUUCUCUUAUUUGCUUCCUGCAGAUUCUUUGUUAAGUGCAAUUCCCCUUGUAAAUACGCCCUUGGAUUUUGUGCAUGGUUAUUAUGUAUUGUGGAUAUAUAAAGAUUGCCAAACCAAA